AUGGCCAACCCUUACCAGAAUCCCAACCCCAACCUUCCAGCCGAACUUCCAGCCGAACUCCCAGCUGAAAUUCCAGCGCAGAGUGGACCACAAAACCUCAGCACAAAUCCCCCUACCGAGCAGCCACUGAACAUACAUACCGGGUAUGGCACCGGAUAUCAACCGCAGGAACAGUAUCCGCCACCUCCGCCGCAACCGCUUCGACCACAACACCUCAGCACCGCUCCCGCUACAGAGCAGCCAUUGAACAUGAAUUCGGGGUAUAACACCCAAUAUCGAUCGCAGGAACAAUACCCUCCACCUCCACCGCAACCGCCUCGACCACAACAGAUGGUAGUGCCUGUCCCGAGCUUUGAGCCUCCUCCUCCUCCAUCUCUACCGCAAAGACCGGCUCAUGAAGGAUUCAACGUCGAGGCUCAAGCUCCCACUCAUCUGCAACCUCCAGCCUACAAUCCAGCGGACUACGCUCAUGGCCAACAGUAUCAAGGGCAUCAACAAUUCCAGCCUCCCCCACAGCGGAUCAAGCAGACCUUUCCAGAGGACGACAACCCUUCCAAUCCCAUCCAUUACAUUCGUGAUCCUCACAAACUGAUCGGAUAUCUGGUUCCCUUCCCGCGGCCAGUCCUGCCAAAGGUUGACGCCGAGACCAUCCCCAAGCGCUUCAUGAUCUACACCCCUCCGCCACCUCCACUCAGCAAACCCGCCGAAGGUGAAAAGGAAGCCAAGCUACACAAGGUGCAGCGGAAGUGGCAGGAAGAAGUGCGGUCGGCAAAGACCAGCACCGCCAAGACAGCCAGCUGGAAGGGCGUCAAAUCGAAAGCGACGCGCGGCAUCGACUGGGCGAUCCACAAGACCACGUCCUCGAAUCUGGACUUCCUGGGCCGGGUGUCCCCCGGACCUCAAUCCGACACGGAGAAGGACCACAGCGACAACGAGGGCCCCGACACGCACAAGACCGUGGACGUGGAGGAGAUGGUCCUGAUCUACCCGCCAGCCAUGCAGCUCACGAACGAGCAGAUGCGCGAGGAGUUUGUGAACACGAUGCUGCGCACGAAGUCCAAGGCGCAGAGGGACACGGUCAUCGCCACGGGACUGAUGCCCGUGGCAUAUGGGAUCGACAUUCUCGCGACCUUCAUCUGGCCGUUCGGCGGGCUCGGCGAGAUCGACACCGUCUGGGCGUAUUCGAGUUUCCGUGGGGCCAAGACCGCGCGCAGUGUCACCAAGCGGCUCACGAGCUCGACGCACGCCGGCAGCCCCAACCACGAAGACGAGGCCAACAAGCUGAGGCUCACGUUCACGCACUCGCAGCGCAUCGAGGUCCUGCGCAAAUAUCUCGACGCAGAAUGCCACAAGGUGGAUCCGAAACUGUUCCCGCGUUACGAGCACUCGCCGACCGAGAGCGACGUGUUGGAAGCCAUCGGGUGGGCGCCCAGCCGGGAUACAGAGAAGACGAACUGGGAGGACGAGCACUGGGAGAUGCAGGAGGUCAAGGAGGACCUGAAACGCGUGUUCAACAAGGCCGCGAGCGAGUGGAGGAAGUGGUGCAAGUUGUUGGCCGAGAAGCCGGAGAAGGCGAUGAAGAAGUAG